GUUUCCGGUGUUGUGACUGAAACCCGUCAAUAUGGCGGCGAUCGGCCGCGGCCGCUCUCUGAAGAACCUCCGAGUACGAGGGCGGAAUGACAGCGGCGAGGAGAACGUCCCGCUGGAUCUGACCCGAGAGCCUUCUGAUAACUUAAGAGAGAUUCUCCAAAAUGUGGCCAGAUUGCAAGGAGUAUCAAAUAUGAGAAAGCUAGGCCAUCUGAAUAACUUUACUAAGCUUCUUUGUGAUAUUGGCCACAGUGAAGAAAAACUGGGCUUUAACUAUGAGGAUAUCAUAAUUUGUUUGCGGUUAGCUUUAUUAAAUGAAGCAAAAGAAGUGCGAGCAGCAGGGCUACGAGCGCUUCGAUAUCUCAUCCAAGACUCCAGUAUUCUCCAGAAGGUGCUAAAAUUGAAAGUGGACUAUUUAAUAGCUAGGUGCAUUGACAUACAACAGAGCAACGAGGUAGAGAGGACACAAGCACUUCGAUUAGUCAGAAAGAUGAUUACUGUGAAUGCUUCCUUGUUUCCUAGUUCUGUGACCAACUCAUUAAUUGCAGUUGGAAAUGAUGGACUUCAAGAAAGAGACAGAAUGGUCCGAGCAUGCAUUGCCAUUAUCUGUGAACUAGCACUUCAGAAUCCAGAGGUGGUGGCCCUUCGUGGUGGACUAAACACCAUCUUGAAAAAUGUGAUCGAUUGCCAAUUAAGUCGAAUAAAUGAGGCCCUGAUUACUACAAUUUUGCACCUUCUUAAUCAUCCAAAGACUCGACAGUAUGUGCGAGCCGAUGUAGAGUUAGAGAGAAUUUUAGCACCCUAUACUGAUUUUCACUACAGACAUAGUCCAGAUACAGCUGAAGGACAGCUCAAAGAAGACAGAGAAGCACGAUUUCUAGCCAGUAAAAUGGGAAUCAUAGCAACAUUCCGAUCAUGGGCAGGUAUUAUUAAUUUAUGUAAACCUGGAAAUUCUGGGAUCCAGUCUCUAAUAGGAGUACUUUGCAUACCAAAUAUGGAAAUAAGGCGAGGUCUACUUGAAGUGCUUUAUGAUAUCUUUCGUCUUCCUCUACCUGUUGUGACUGAGGAGUUCAUAGAAGCACUACUCAGUGUAGAUCCAGGGAGGUUCCAAGACAGUUGGAGGCUUUCAGAUGGCUUUGUGGCAGCUGAGGCAAAAACUAUUCUUCCUCAUCGUGCCAGAUCCAGGCCAGACCUCAUGGAUAAUUAUUUGGCAUUGAUACUCUCUGCAUUUAUUCGUAAUGGACUUUUAGAGGGCCUAGUUGAAGUGAUAACAAACAGUGAUGAUCAUAUCUCAGUUAGAGCUACCAUCCUUUUAGGAGAGCUUUUACAUAUGGCAAACACAAUUCUUCCUCAUUCACAUAGCCAUCAUUUGCACUGCUUGCCAACCCUAAUGAAUAUGGCUGCAUCCUUUGAUAUCCCCAAGGAAAAGAGACUGCGAGCCAGUGCAGCCUUGAACUGUUUAAAACGCUUCCAUGAAAUGAAGAAACGAGGACCUAAGCCUUAUAGUCUUCACUUAGACCACAUUAUUCAGAAAGCAAUUGCAACACACCAGAAACGGGAUCAGUAUCUCCGAGUUCAGAAAGAUAUAUUUGUUCUUAAGGAUACAGAGGAAGCUCUUUUAAUUAACCUUAGAGAUAGCCAAGUCCUUCAACAUAAAGAGAAUCUUGAAUGGAAUUGGAAUCUUAUAGGGACCAUUCUUAAGUGGCCAAAUGUAAAUCUAAGAAACUAUAAAGAUGAACAGUUACACAGGUUUGUACGGAGACUACUUUAUUUUUACAAGCCCAGCAGUAAAUUAUAUGCCAACUUGGAUCUGGAUUUUGCCAAGGCCAAACAGCUCACGGUUGUAGGUUGCCAGUUUACAGAAUUUCUUCUUGAAUCUGAAGAGGAUGGGCAAGGAUACUUAGAAGAUCUAGUAAAGGAUAUUGUUCAUUGGCUCAAUGCUUCAUCUGGAAUGAAACCCGAAAGAAGUCUUCAAAACAAUGGUUUAUUGACCACCCUUAGUCAACACUACUUUUUAUUUAUUGGAACACUUUCUUGCCACCCUCAUGGAGUUAAAAUGCUGGAAAAAUGCAGUGUAUUUCAGUGUCUCCUUAAUCUUUGCUCCUUGAAAAACCAAGAUCACUUGCUAAAACUUACUGUUUCUAGCUUGGACUAUAGCAGAGAUGGAUUGGCUAGAGUCAUCCUUUCCAAAAUUUUAACUGCAGCUACUGAUGCCUGCAGACUCUAUGCAACAAAACAUUUAAGGGUAUUAUUGAGAGCUAAUGUUGAAUUCUUUAAUAAUUGGGGAAUUGAGUUGUUAGUGACCCAGCUACAUGAUAAAAACAAAACGAUUUCUUCUGAAGCUCUUGAUAUCCUCGAUGAAGCAUGUGAAGACAAGGCCAAUCUUCAUGCUCUCAUUCAGAUGAAACCAGCGUUAUCCCACCUUGGAGACAAGGGUUUGCUUCUCCUCCUGAGAUUUCUCUCCAUUCCAAAAGGAUUUUCCUAUCUGAAUGAAAGAGGUUAUGUAGCAAAACAGUUGGAAAAGUGGCACAAGGAAUAUAACUCCAAAUAUGUUGACUUGAUUGAGGAACAACUCAAUGAAGCACUUACUACUUAUCGGAAGCCUGUUGAUGGUGAUAACUAUGUUCGUCGGAGUAACCAAAGAUUACAGCGUCCUCAUGUCUACCUGCCUGUACACCUUUAUGGACAACUAGUACACCAUAAAACAGGCUGCCAUUUGUUGGAAGUACAGAAUAUUAUUACAGAACUCUGUCGUAAUGUUCGUACACCAGAUUUGGAUAAGUGGGAAGAAAUUAAAAAACUGAAAGCAUCUCUUUGGGCCUUGGGAAAUGUCGGCUCAUCAAAUUGGGGUCUCAAUUUGCUACAGGAAGAAAACGUGAUUCCAGAUAUACUAAAACUUGCAAAACAGUGUGAAGUUCUUUCCAUCAGAGGGACCUGUGUAUAUGUACUUGGGCUCAUAGCUAAAACCAAACAAGGCUGUGAUAUUCUAAAAUGUCACAACUGGGAUGCUGUGAGGCAUAGUCGCAAACAUCUGUGGCCAGUGGUUCCAGAUGAUGUGGAACAACUCUGUAAUGAACUUUCAUCUAUCCCAAGCACUCUAAGUUUGAACUCAGAGUCAACCAGCUCUAGACAUAAUAGUGAAAGUGAAUCUGUGCCAUCGAGUAUGUUCAUAUUGGAGGAUGACCGGUUUGGCAGCAGCUCUACUAGUACAUUUUUCCUUGAUAUCAACGAAGAUACAGAGCCAGCAUUUUAUGACCGAUCUGGACCCAUAAAGGAUAAAAAUUCAUUCCCUUUCUUUGCUUCUAGCAAACUUGUGAAGAAUCGUAUCUUAAAUUCACUUACUUUGCCUAACAAAAAACAUCGUAGUAGCAGUGAUCCAAAAGGAGGGAAAUUAUCAUCUGAAAGUAAGACAAGCAACAGGCGAAUCAGAACACUUACGGAGCCCAGUGUUGAUUUUAAUCAUAGUGAUGAUUUUACACCCAUAUCCACUGUACAGAAAACAUUACAAUUAGAGACUUCAUUUAUGGGGAAUAAACACAUUGAAGACACUGGUAGUACACCAAGCAUUGGAGAAAAUGACUUAAAAUUCACCAAGAAUUUUGGUACAGAGAAUCACAGAGAAAAUACAAGCCGAGAGAGGUUAGUAGUAGAAAGUUCAACGAGCUCACAUAUGAAGAUACGUAGCCAAAGUUUUAAUACAGACACUACAACAAGUGGCAUAAGUUCAAUGAGCUCAAGUCCUUCACGAGAGACAGUAGGUGUAGAUGCUGCAACUAUGGACACAGACUGUGGAAGCAUGAGUACUGUGGUAAGUACUAAAACUAUUAAGACAAGCCACUAUUUGACGCCACAGUCUAACCAUCUGUCUCUCUCCAAAUCAAAUUCGGUGUCCCUGGUGCCACCAGGUUCUUCUCAUACGCUUCCUAGAAGAGCACAGUCCCUUAAAGCACCCUCUAUUGCUACAAUUAAAAGUCUAGCAGAUUGUAACUUUAGUUACACAAGUUCUAGAGAUGCUUUUGGCUAUGCUACACUGAAAAGACUACAGCAACAAAGAAUGCAUCCAUCCUUAUCUCACUCCGAAGCUUUGGCAUCUCCAGCAAAAGAUGUGCUAUUUACUGAUACCAUCACCAUGAAGGCCAACAGUUUUGAGUCCAGAUUAACACCAAGCAGGAUCGAUUUUAAAAAGAAGCAUGUCGGGGGAAUCAGGAGCUUAAGACCUACAAUAACAAACAACCUUUUCAGGUUCAUGAAAGCCUUAAGUUAUGCAUCAUUAGAUAAAGAAGAUUUAUUGAGUCCUAUUAAUCAAAAUACCCUGCAACGAUCCUCCUCAGUGCGGUCCAUGGUGUCCAGUGCCACAUAUGGGGGUUCAGAUGAUUACAUUGGUCUUGCUCUCCCAGUGGAUAUAAAUGAUAUAUUCCAGGUAAAGGAUAUUCCCUAUUUUCAGACAAAAAACAUACCACCACAUGAUGAUCGAGGUGCAAGAGCAUUUGCCCAUGAUGCAGGAGGUCUUCCAUCUGGAACUGGAGGUCUUGUAAAAAAUUCUUUUCACUUGCUACGACAGCAGAUGAGUCUUACGGAAAUAAUGAAUUCAAUCCAUUCAGAUGCCUCUCUGUUUUUAGAAAGUACAGAAGACACUGGACUACAGGAACAUACGGAUGAUAACUGCCUUUAUUGUGUCUGUAUUGAAAUUCUGGGUUUCCAGCCCAGCAACCAACUGAGUGCAAUAUGUAGUCAUUCAGACUUUCAAGAUAUUCCAUAUUCUGAUUGGUGUGAGCAGACUAUCCAUAAUCCCUUAGAAGUGGUUCCCUCUAAGUUUUCGGGGAUUUCUGGAUGCAGUGAUGGGGUGUCUCAAGAAGGCUCAGCUAGCAGCACCAAAAGCACAGAAUUGUUACUAGGUGUUAAAACAAUUCCAGAUGAUACACCAAUGUGCCGUAUACUCCUUCGCAAAGAAGUUCUAAGAUUAGUCAUUAAUUUGAGUAGUUCAGUUUCAACUAAAUGUCAUGAGACUGGGCUUUUAACAAUUAAGGAGAAGUAUCCUCAAACAUUUGAUGACAUAUGCCUUUACUCUGAGGUUUCCCAUUUGCUGUCACACUGCACAUUCAGACUUCCGUGUCGGAGGUUCAUACAAGAAUUAUUUCAAGAUGUACAGUUUCUACAAAUGCAUGAAGAAGCUGAGGCUGUGUUGGCAACACCACCAAAGCAACCUAUAGUUGAUACAUCUGCUGAAUCCUGACCUCAUAUUUAUGAUGGAUAUAGAUAUAUACUAUAUAUAUUCAUAUUUGUGGAUUUCCUGAAAGCCUCAGAAAAUAUGACUGACUAGGCAGCAAAGACAGGAGUAUCUUCUGUACACUGUUCCGCAGUUACUGGUACAUGAACAGUUGGAACUGCUGACUUUCCUAACCAAAACAACUUCCUGCUCUCUUUUGUUGAGCCUUUUGAGGGGUUCAUAAUUCAUUACCACAGUUUUAAGAGUUUUAGUUACCAUUGUAUGCAAGAGCCAAGCACUGAAUACCUACAUAAGUUUUCUAUUUUUUUCAUUUUAAAAGCAUAAUGAAGUGGAACAAUAAUGGGAUAUGCAGAAGCACCCUUCACAAGUUAUUUCUGAAUUAUUUUUAGGGUAAAUAUACAGAUGCCUUGUUUGUUAACUAAUUUGUGGAAAGCAGGAAUCAGUGUCUCUAAGGCUGCAUCCUGUUACCACAAUGGGGUGUGCUAUAACUGCUGGUAUUAGAGAGGGAACUUUGGCCCUUUCACGUUUUUCUUAAUGUUUGUAACACUACUUCAGAGGUUUACAACCUCAAAGCAAAAGAAGAGCCUCAGCAACCCGGGACUUAUAAGUUAUUUUUAUGUUACUAGACUUCCAUAAAGAUUCUUGUUUUCCAACUCUUCAUUUUGUUGCAAUGUGUUAUUACAGGAUAUAUGAACCAAUUAAGGUUUUUCACUACAGUUCUUGAAUAAAAUUUAAAAAUCAUUUUUUAUUUUAAUUAAAAAUAUUUCCCAUUUAUAGAAUGCAUAUAUUUGCAAUGGACUUCCACUUUCAUCAAUUUUCCAUCUCAUCGCUUUAAACAGGAACUUGAACAAGCACUGUUAGUUUAGACCUAAAGGAUAGGAAAGCAUUAAAUAAUACUUUGGAUCUCCUGAGGAAAAGAUAAGUUUGCUUGCAAUUUACACAUUCCAUGGGGAAAGAAGAGCCAUAUUUCCUUAAAAAAAUCAUUAAUAAAGCUUGUUAUUAAGAAAAAUUGUAGUGAAAAGCCUUAAGUACCAAAUUUUAAAGCAGCAGUAACUUAAUUUUUAUAUCAGUGUUUUUGUUUUGCACAAACUAAAUGCAGUGGUAGGUGGGUUUAUGAGUGUAUUAAUUGCCUUUAUCCAUUUGUGAAGUUAAGUUGAUGAGGGCAAGGUUUUUGUUUGUUUAAUUUGUAUAUGUCUAAAGGUAUUUGGAACUUUUUACAGGAAUUAAACAUAUAUGCAAAUUUGUAUAUAAAAAUAGCAUGGCCAUCAUUUGAAUGCUUGUAAAUGAAAGGAUUAUCUUUUUUGAGAUCUAUAUAUAAAUAGAAAUAGAAAAUCCAGCUGGACUGAUUAGGAUUCUUUUUUAAUUCAUUUGUGUAUAACAUUUUUAUUACAAUUACACAUCAGUUUUGACACAGUCAUAGCAACAUUAAUAUUUUCCCAUGAUGCAGAUCCUUUUUGUAAAUGGGCUUGUUCUUUGAGAUCUCUGUAAAGAACCCUGUGAACUAGAAAACAUAACUCACAGAGAUACUUUUUUAAAAAAUUUAUUUACUGGCACUGAAAGUUCCAGUUGGGAUGAAGCAUUUCAUCUCACUUCAUAACACCUCUUUGACUGCACUUCAGUGAAUUGUUCUUAUGUGCACUGUGUAGCAACUUACAUUAUAACAAAGCAGAUAAGGGCUGUAAGCUGCUGCUUAUGUUGAAAAGUGGUUCUUCAGAUUUUCUCUCAUAAAAUCCAAUUGAAGAUAAUUUUUUUAUACUUUAUCACUGAACCCAAGUGUUUAUUUAAAUGUCAACAGUACUUCUAAGAACGUUGCCUGUCAUCGUGGUCUUUGGUCUUGGAUAACUAAACUGCCUUUCCAGAGAACCAAAUGUCAGAGUUACUAGACCAAAUAGUGGUUAAAACCUCCAAAGGAAGUAAUGUAGUAAUCUUACUUAUAAUGGGAUUAACAUAUUUUAGACAUUCAUUUUAAACACUACCUCAGUUAAUAUAGAGUAUAAAAUCUGUGGUUUAAUCCCUCAAAAGUUAACAGUAAUUUUUUUUUUCCUCUUACACACACACACACACACCCACCCACCCUCCCCCACCAUCACUAUCCCUGUACCCCCACCUUGGUCAUCUAUCCUGAAAUAAGGCUUAGUUAGUAUUGGCCUGAAUGUUUUGUGUUUUUUUUUUUUUACUGUUACUUUGAAAAAUAUGUAUGUAUACCUUAUCAUAUCUGCCUGUAUCACUUACUUUGGGGAGAUACUCAGAGCUUUGUGGUUAUCAGUAUACUAAAAAAAAAAAAAAAAAAAAAAAAAAAAAAGUCUAUGCUUAUAUUUAUAGUGCUAUUUGGUUUCUCCAUGAUUUCACUGACAGGUCUAAUACAUUUUCUUUGAGUACUUGUUUGUAAAAAGUAGACUUUAUGGUGAAAAAUACAUGCAGUGCCAAGUGAUUAACUUAGGUGUUUGAAAAUAUUAAAUUAUAGCAGAAGAGGUUAGGAAUGAUAUCAGCAGUAAUAGAAAUAAUUGAGAAAAUCAUCUAUAAAUAAUAGAUAUUACAGACUAUAGAAUACCAAAAUAAUGUCAAUACUGUAGUUUUUAAAGAUUUUAGGAUUAAUCUUAGUCCAUAUAAAUUUGUACUAUUGGUAAUUAUUGAAUAAUUGGGAGGAAUCUGGGCAAUUGUGCUGGUUGUAAACUGUGAAUUUCUAAUCAUAAAGUGAAUUGUUAUUUCUAAUUGAACUUUUUUCAAGAACAGAUUUCAGCCUAAGUAAAUACUGAUAAAUAAGGAAAUUAGAAAUUUAGUAUUCAUAAUUAAAUAUGCUCUAAAAUUUCUUAUACUUUUAUUUCCUGUUUAUUCUUAGGUAGAUUGGAAGGGGGAAACAGUCUGUUCUUCCUAAUUAAAAUUCUUCUAAUAACGAUUAGUAGAAUAAGGACAUUCUAUAUGACAGUGACAUUAAAAGAGGCUCUUUGGAAGUAUAUACAUUAUUAUAAUGUGUACAAGUCGUUUUGAAAUGACAACUUUAAUGGGUUUCAGCUCUUUUAUCUAGAGCUCGAGAUAAUUAAAGCUGAGUUUUUCAGGGCAUAUCACAACAGCAAAGUGUUCAACAGUGGGAUAUCAAUGCUUAUUUAGAUUUUCCUACUGCUAUUUAUAUAAAAUGUUAUUUCAUUCCAUUCAGAGGAUGCCUUUUAUCCCCACAUUAAAGCACAGAUCAUUAAGCAAUAAAAACCAAAUUGUCUGUCAUUCAAAUUAUAACUACAGUUAUUUUUGCAUGGUAAGAGUGAGGUGCUAAUUUUGUGUGAGAUGAACUUUGUAAACUACUUUGGGAAAUGUUCUUUGGAAGUAAGGUUUUUUCCCCUUUAGUCUUAUGCUUCCACUUUUGUCUCAGAUUCACAAUACAUUAAAACAUGGGGAAAAAAGAAAAGGUAAAAUUGAGAGACUUUUGUUAGAGGAGCUAUUUGGAAUGAACCAACAUUUCAGAUUUUCCAAAAUGUAAGUUAGGAAAAGUCUCCAUUGUCUCUGCAUUAACAAAAUACACUGUUACUAUCUUAAUCUCAAGAGUGUCAUUACAGUAAGAAUCUCAUUUAAACGCAUACCAGUGAAAUUAAUAGCAGUGCUUAUCAAAGAACACUGAAAUCUGUGAGAAUCUUUCUAGGAGCGUUCUUUUCUUCUUUUAGUUCCAAGUUCCAGGGUAUUUUUCAUUCCUAGUAGGUUUAUAUGACUCACAGAAUGUGGACUUUUUUCCUGUUUGGAGUAUUUUUGUAAUGUAAGUAUCGGAUAGCUACACCACAGCAUGCACAAAUUGCACAUUUUGUUUUACUUUAUAGAAUAUUUAAUUUCAAAAAUAUAAUUUAUGCCAAAAAAGCAUACCUUUCAAUUUUGCUACUUGGUUGAUUUAGCACAAAAUGCAAAGUCUUGGGGCAGAGAGGGGGAGUGAGAAAAAUUUUAUAGGUAAUUGUUACAAAAAUGCCUGUCAGAAACCCUAAAGCUGCAUUGUAAAACAAAUGAUGUAAAUGACUUUUGAAAAGUGGUAAGGAAUUGUGAAAAAAUCUCAGACUUAAUGCUCUCUAACCACAUGAUUUUCUUUUUUAUUUAGUAAUACGCUGCUACAUAUUUGGAGGUUCUGGUGUUUGUAGGUCACUGAACAGACAUUGAAAUCUGAUUUAUAUUGUAUAACUGUAACAUAGAAAGAAAAAGUAUUUAUAUUUUUUCUGUAAGAAUAUUUGAGUUGUGUAUAAUUUAAAUAAGAUUUGUCCCCAAAUGGUUUUGCUCACUUUGAUUUUUUUUGUUGUGAUUUUCUUGUUUUUGUAUAAUGUGUAUAGUUUAUGUCAAGGGCAUUAAAAGCCUCCUGAAGCAUAAUCUUAUCAAAGGGAUACAUUGUUAAUAAAAUGUACUUAAAAUUCUUAAA